CUUGCAACUGAUCGUCAGUGUGGUCGCCGUGGUGCACUGCGGUUGUGGCACUGUUGUCACUGUCGAUGUGUCACUUUGUCACUGGUGUACCGGAAGACUGCAUGCAGUAAAAGAAGCUGACGAGAAGGACUAUUUACGAAUCGUGGGUUUUCACAAACCAUGGUGAAUGCAAAGGGAGAAUCCUCAAGUGAAGACAACUCAGGGUCUGAGAGUGAUGCCAACUCCAGCAGUCAGUCUGGAUCACCUGCACCCUCUGGCUCAUCACAGCACAGAAGAAGCAAGUCAGGAUCAGCAAGUCCUGCAGCAGGGCACAAGUCAGAAAGUGAUAGACCUGCAAGUCCUUCAGAAAGUGAGAGGUCAGGCAGUGCUCCGGGAAGUCCUGUAGGAAGUGAAAAAUCAGGUAGCCAGCAAGGAAGCCAAGUGUCUGGAAGUCCUGCUGGCAGUGGAAAUUCUGGAAGCCCAGCUCAUAGUCCAGGAAGCCAUCAGGGUCGUGCCAGAUCUGGCAGCCAUGCAGGGAGUGGUAGAUCUGGCAGCCCUGAAGGAAGUGCCAGAUCAGACAGCCCUGCUGGCAGUGACAGAUCUGGCAGCCCUGCAGGAAGUGUCAGAUCUGGCAGUCCUGCAGGAAGUGCUAGAUCUGGCAGUCCAGCAGGAAGUGCUGGAUCAAGAAGCCCUGCAGGAAGUCCAAGAUCUGGAAGCCCUGCAGGUAGUGCUAGAUCUGGCAGUCCUGCAGGCAGUGCCAGAUCAGGAAGCCCAGCUGGGAGUGCCAGGUCUGCCAGCCGUGCCGGAAGUGCUAGAUCUGGUAGCCCUGCAGGAAGUGCGGGCUCUGGCAGUCCUGCUGGAAGCGCCAGGUCAGGCAGUCCUGCUGGAAGUGCCAGGUCAGGCAGUCCUGCGGGAAGCGCCAGGUCAGGCAGCCCUGCGGGAAGCGCCAGGUCAGGCAGUCCCGCUGGGAGCGACAGAUCCGGGAGUCCUGCGGGAAGUGCCCGGUCCAGGAGCUCGGUCAAAAGCGGAAAAUCUGGGAGUCAAGCACGAAGUGUAAGGUCGGGAAGCAGACCUGCUGACGGCGACUCGCCCAAGUCGGAAGGGGGCGGCGCGAGCCCGCGGCGCCACAGCGGUGAUAGCCGCUCUCGCUCCGGGUCGCGGUCGCCGCAGCCGGCCGCCGACGAGGAGCGAGCCUCGGUGCACUCGGACAGCGAACGCUCUGAUGGCGGUUCGGAGGCUGCCGCCGCCAGCAAAAGAAAGCAAGGAGCUCAUAGCGACUCAGACUCAGUGGGAAGUGAUCGAGGAAAAAAGAAGAAACCCAAAACUGCUGAUAGUGAUGGAGAUGAAACUAUGAAAGAGGUGGGCGCAUCAGACUUGUUCGGCGACGCCUCCGACAUCAGCGAGGACGAGGCUGCGCCCGGCGCCGCCGAGCAGCCGGCCGUCGCCAGCGACGAUCAGGACGACGUGCGGCGCGGCAGCGACUAUGAAGACGAGGAGCGUCAGACCGCCGUCAUACAGGACGACGACGAGGAGGAGGAGCAGAGCGAGAAGCCGGCUGCUCCCGAGGAGAAGGAGCCGCCGCCAGAGACGCGCAUUGAGGUCGACGUGCCCAAGAUCUCCACUGACCUCGGCAAGGAGCUGAACUUCGUGAAGCUGCCCAACUUCCUGUCGGUGGAGACGCGGCCGUUCGAUCCGCAGACGCACGAGGACGAGAUUGACGAGGAAGAGACGCUGGACGAAGAGGGCCGCGCCAGGCUGAAGCUGAAGGUGGAGAACACCAUGCGCUGGCGCACCGUGUUCGACAACGAGGGCAACGACCUGAAGGAGAGCAACGCCAAGAUGGUGCGCUGGUCCGACGGCAGCAUGUCGCUCUACCUCGGAUCGGAGAUCUUCGACGUGUACAAGCAGCCGCUGCAGGGCGACCACAACCACCUGUUCAUCCGCCAGGGCACCGGCCUGCAGGGCCAGGCCGUGUUCCGCACGAAGCUGUCGUUCCGGCCGCACUCGACCGAUUCGUUCACGCACCGCAAGAUGACUCGCUCCAUCGCCGACCGCUCGCACAAGACGCCCGGCGUCAAGGUGCUCACCAGCGUCGGCCAGAACCCCGAGAUGAACCGCUCGCAGAUGAUCAAGCAAGAGGAGAUCCGCUUGCGGGCGUCGGUGCGGCGGGACGCGCAGCGGCGCCGCGUCAAGGAGCGCUCCUCGCGCGGCCUCACCGCCAGCUACCUGGAGCCGGACGGCGAGGGCGCCGACUCAGGCGACGAGACCUCCAUCCUGGCCAUCAAGAAGAAGGCCAAAGAGGCUCUCCGCGCGCCCAUCUACUCCUCGGACGAGGACGGCUCCGACAUCGAGACAAGUCGCGCGCGCAAGCUGGAGCGCGCCAAAAAGGCCAUCGAAGAAAGCGACGAGGAGGGCGGCGCGGCGGCCGCCAAGUCGGGCGGCUCCGGCUCCGGCUCCGGGUCUGGCUCGGGCUCCGGGUCCGGCUCCGGCUCUGGGUCUGGCUCGGGCUCGGGGUCGGGCUCGGGAUCAGGCAGCGGCAGUGACAGUGAUUGAGUGAGUGUCCGUUCCCGGGCAUGAUAGCAUCACGUGACGCCACGCUUGCUGGGGCGCUGGCGAGAACGCAGUUGGGACAUGCGCAGCGGACCAGAGAUCCGAAGUGAUGCGCGUGUGACGAUGUCGGGUGCGACUUGAAAAGCAACAAAGAGUGGCGUCGGAGAGAUGAGAAAGUGAAGCCAGCGCGUGGAUCACCCUGGCCAAGCAGCGCCGCUCCCGGCGAAGCCACUGGGUGUCCUUUCCUGGUUAUACGUGGCUGACUUCUUUGCCCACUGCAGUCCUCCACUUCGUCGUGUACAUCGUCGGAUACGCCGAAACAAAAAUAACGGGAGCUUUUGUGCCCCACGAUGGUGUGUCAGUCAUUGGCAUUGUGCUCAUAAUUUGCAGGUUGAGAACAUGCGAAGCGCGCGUAGUGAGCGAAGUGUAGUGAGUGAUGGAGAAUAAACCUUCAUUUCACCCA